AUGCCAUGUAUCCACUCCACAAUACAACCCAUGACUGACGAUACUCCAAGACCAGGUAUUCCUAGACAUCUUGAAGCUCAUCAGUUCAAAAGGUUAGGUAAGGUAUUGGGUUAUAAAAGUUUACAGGAAGAAGUAUUAAAGAGGUAUGAAAGGAACAAAGAGGAUGAGGAAGAAGUAUUAAAGAGGUAUGAAAGGAACAAAGAGGAUGAGGAAGAAGUAUUAAAGAGGUAUGAAAGGAACAAAGAUGACGAGGAAGAAGUAUUAAAGAGGUAUGAAAGGAACAAAGAGGACGAGGAAGAAGAACAUUUUAUUUUAAUUUUUAUUUGA